GUGUAUCAGAAAAAUAGAGCUUCCCACACUGCAACCUCUGGCCAUGGCCUUAUCUAUCAACUGUUCAGCAAUUUUCACCUCCACGGAGACCUUCCGCUCGAACAAUCUCCUCCAUUCUCAUCCGCCAAAUACAACCUUUCCCUUCUCUGCAAAAUCCACUGACCGCCAUAAAAACUAUAGUAUCCUUUUGGCACCGCUACCAGCGUAUGAGAAAUGGAGAGCCAAGGUGUCUUUUUUCCCUGCUUUCUUGAAUAAACCCAAAGACGCUACUCCCCUCAAGCAAGAGCUUCUCGAAGCCAUUGCACCUCUCGAUCGUGGCGCUAUUGCCUCUCCCGAUGACCAGCUCAGAGUCGAUCAGAUAGCGCGUAAACUUGAAGCGAUUACCCCCGUAAAGGAGCCUCUCAAAUCUGAUUUAUUGAAUGGGAAAUGGGAGCUUAUAUAUACUACUUCACAGUCAAUUCUGCAAACGCAGCGGCCAAAAUUUUUAAGGUCAAUUACAAACUACCAAGCAAUUAAUGUGGAUACACUUAGAGCCCAGAACAUGGAAUCUUGGCCUUUCUUCAACCAGGUUACAGCAGAUUUAACGCCUCUGAAUGCUAGAAAGGUGGCUGUAAAAUUUGACACUUUCAAAAUUGGAGGCUUGUCUCGAUUUAUAACAUUGACUUACAAGAUACCUAUUAAGGCCCCUGGAAGAGCUCGUGGUGAAUUGGAAAUCACCUAUUUGGAUGAAGAAUUGAGGAUAUCCAGAGGAGACAAAGGGAAUCUGUUCAUCUUGAAAAUGAUUGAUACAUCCUACAGAGUUCCUGUUUGACAUCCAAUUACAUCCCAGCAGAAUAGUUUCCUGCUCAUCAAAGAUGCUUGUUUAAAACCAUUACAAGAAGGAGCUUCUGAGAAGAUCUUAUCGUGUAUAGAUCCAUGUAUCGCCUUUAUGUAUCAAGAACAUAAAAUCUUCUGGCUUUUCUACUCUGGGUGCACAUAUGUUUAUGACAGAUUAUAGUUUUAUUUUGAUGAAGAGAGAGCUCAGUCGGAGUUAUAUUUUCUUAUUUGAAGUAAUUAUAAUGGCUUGAAGUACUUAAA